AAAAACCAAACCCACAUACCUCAUUCUCCCCCCUCUCUCUUUCUCUCUUCUUUUAUCUGCAGUUGAGAGAAUCUUCAUCUUCAUCUUCAUCAUCAAAUCAUAUCAUCAUGUCUUGCUCCAAUCUAACAAUGUGGGUGUCCUCAAAACCUUCUCUUUCUGACAGUUCUUUGCUCUCUUUUCGCUCUUCUCUCAACCCUUUUCAACUUCCUUCUCAUAAUUCCCCCACUGCCAGCCCCUCCAAGUCUGUGAUUCAGUGUGGGCUCCGGGAGCUCAGGGAGCGUAUCGAUUCUGUGAAGAACACCCAGAAGAUUACUGAAGCUAUGAAGCUUGUUGCUGCAGCUAAAGUGAGGAGAGCUCAGGAAGCCGUGGUUAAUGGCAGACCCUUCUCUGAGACUCUCGUUGAAGUGCUUUACAACAUCAAUGAGCAGCUCCAGACUGACGAUAUCGAUGUCCCUCUGACCAAAGUCAGGCCUGUCAAGAAGGUUGCCUUGGUGGUUGUCACCGGCGACCGGGGUCUUUGUGGGGGUUUCAACAAUGCGAUUAUCAAGAAGGCCGAGUCUAGGAUUGCGGACCUGAAGGAUCUUGGUAUUGAUUAUACUGUUAUCAGUGUGGGGAAGAAGGGUAAUUCAUAUUUCCUCCGUAGGCCUUACAUCCCAGUUGAUAAGUUUCUUGAAAGUGGCUCACUCCCCACUGCUAAAGAAGCUCAGACAAUUGCAGACGAUGUUUUCUCGCUAUUUGUGAGUGAAGAGGUUGAUAAGGUGGAGCUUCUGUACACCAAAUUCGUGUCCUUGGUCAAGGCUGAUCCAGUGAUUCACACCUUGCUUCCUCUCUCCCCCAAGGGAGAGAUCUGUGAUGUGAAUGGUAACUGUGUGGAUGCUGCAGAGGAUGAGUUCUUCAGGUUGACAACCAGGGAGGGGAAACUGACUGUGGAGAGAGAUGUUAUAAGGACUCAAACAGUUGAAUUCUCCCCCAUCUUGCAAUUCGAGCAGGACCCAGUUCAGAUUCUUGAUGCCUUGCUCCCCCUCUACCUCAACAGCCAGAUUUUGAGGGCCCUGCAAGAAUCACUGGCGAGUGAGCUUGCAGCCAGGAUGAGUGCCAUGAGUAAUGCUACCGACAACGCGGUCGAACUUAAGAAGACCCUCUCUAUGGUCUACAAUAGGCAGCGCCAAGCCAAAAUCACAGGGGAGAUUUUGGAGAUUGUUGCUGGAGCCGACGCCUUAGUCUAGUGUGAAAACAUGGUUCAAUUCUCAUCCUCAUCACAUUUGUGCUUCUCUGUAGAUGUUCUUAUGGUGUUUCAUUAUUUAUUCAAAUAUGAACGUUUAAGAUCAGCUAUGCAGAUUAGACACUUUUUUUAAUACUAUCAUUCUCAACUGCAUACAAACUUCAUGCACAAUGAGAAUCACAAUGUAUUUCGGAUUCAAACCCCACAUCUUUAUAUGUUCUUGCCCCCAUAUAUUCAUAAUACUUGUACUAUUUGGAGCUUCCACCUCCAUGGCUCUCCUCUGAUUGUUCUAUGUUGAACAGUUUAUAGUUUUUUUGAUUCA